AUGCUCUACCGUGCCGCUCUUCCCGCCCUCGUGGCUCUCUGCUUUAACAUUGCCGGAGUUGCUGCUAUUCCAGCCGCUCAAAUCACACCGGCGCCUGUCGUACGUGACUACGGAACAACACCAGAGCCAAGCAUUCCUGGCAGCUGCUUGACAACAUGGGAUGACUUUGAGCACACCACUGGCGGCGUCUCGGUCAACUGCUUCACUUACACGAGCACCACUCGUCCAGCAAACUGCCCCGUCUGCACCGCAGACUCUACCCUCGUCUGUCCCCUCUUCAUCUACGUCACCACCAGCCAGGUGCCCUGCUCCACCGACUGCUGCCCGACCACGGCCACGGCCUACGUCGACGGCGCCUGUCCCACGUGCGGCCAGUGCAACAUUCCCACCGAGACCAUUAUCGAGACCACGGGAUGUCCCGCCACGGCCACGACGACCGAUGCCGCGGAUCCCACCGAGACGCCGUCCUGUUGGUUGCCCGAGGGCUGCCCGGCGCUUUCUUCUUCUUCCGGGUACUAA